AUGAAGGUUCGAAUCCCAAAAGCCCUAGCCGUCUGGUUCUACUUGUCGCUCGGCUGUGCGGUUCUUGGGGAACCACUCCCUGAUCCCACGGGCGGACAUAACGUCGGCGCCCAGCGUUUCGUCGUCCCCUUCUUGGAAGCAAAUGAUGUUGUGUGGCCGAAUGGUGUUUCGACUGAGUAUCUCGUUACACUGUACUAUCCUACCACCGACGCGCCGCCUUGUCCCAAGCCGUACCUCGAGCCCGAGCUUGCCAAAUUGUAUACCGACCUGUGGAACUAUAACAGCUCUCACUUGACGUCAACUCUGCGGUGGAAUGCUACUUAUCUGGAUGAAGAAACCGGCCCAACUCUUUUGUUCGGACCUGGCGGCUGGGGUGUACCGACCGAUGGUGACUACAUCAUCAUCUCUGAUCUGGUCUCACAUGGAUACACCGUUGCUGCAUUUGAUCACGUUUACGAGCAGCCUUUUGUGCGGUACCCCAACGGCACGGGUGUCUACGGACUGCCGCCGAAUUUUAGCAAUUACACUCUUGACUGGGUAGAGGACUUGCAUGCCGUCAGGGUCAGCCAGCAGCUGCAUUUCAUCAACUACUUCCCCUCACUCGUGUCAAAGCUUGAAGCUCCCUUUAAAACCAACGAUUUCGGCACAUUCGGUGUAUCUUUAGGGGGCUCUGCUGCUCUCACCGUAGCUCUCGAGAGCGAUGUAGUAGCAGCUGCUAUCAACAUCGACGGUGCCAAUUGGGGCCGACUGAACAGCACAUCUGACUCUGACCUCAAAAAGCCUUCAAUGAUUCUCGGCUUCCAGGGCCACAACGCGAAUUCCGACCGCACCUGGAACAACUACCGAGCAUGGCAGACUGGCUGGUGGCGUCUCUUCUCGGUGGAUGGAAGCUUGCAUCCUGACUGGUCCGACCUGGGAUUCUGGAAGAUUUUCGGCACGACACGGACACAAGGGCCGAUUGAUGGAAGGAGAAUGGUCAAAAUCUCAAGGACGUUCAUCCGGGCCUUCUUUGAUGAUAUCUUGCGUCAUGUUAACCAGCCUCUUUUGGACAGCCCUUCUGAAGACUUCCCUGAAGUGCAUUGGGACGAAAUUCACAACGGACAAUCAAUAUAG